ACGGUUCUGCACACGGGGGGCGCCGCGGGCGGCCCAGUGGGACGGGGACCCCCGGACGCGGGGGGCUGACCCCGAGCCCCGGGGGGGUCCCAGGUUCGUGCGGGACCGCGUGGAGCGCUGCGGGGACCCCCAGGCCGUGGCUCUGAGCGUGGCCGAGCUGGGCGAGCCGCAGCCCAGCAGCCCCGACACCAAGCGCCUGAGCGAGUGCCUGCGGCGCAUCGGCGACGAGCUCGACAGCAACAUGGAGCUGCAGAGGAUGAUCGAGCAGGUGGGCUGCGACGCCCCCAAGCAGCUGUUCUUCCGCGUGGCCAGGGAGAUGUUCGCCGACGGCACCUUCAACUGGGGCCGCGUGGUCGCCCUCUUCUACUUUGCCUGCAAGCUGGUGCUCAAGGCUCUCUGCACCAAGGUGCCCGAGCUGGUGCAGACCAUCCUGCGCUGGACCAUGGAGUACCUGCAGGAGCACGUGCUGGCCUGGAUCCAGGCCCAGGGAGGAUGGGUGAGACCCCAGACCCGCCAUUCCUCGGGAGCUGCGCCCCUGACCCCUCCCUGACACCCCUUUUUACCUCAAACCCCCCAUUCCUUGGGGGGCCAAACCCAU